UAAAAUACUGGGUUUGAUCCCGAACCUGACACAGACUGGGAGGACCCCACUCUCUGCAAGUGCUGAGCCUCGGGGGGCGAGACCACCGUGGAGGGAACGGCUCUGCUCAGCACAGAGCUGCUGCCCCAGGACCGAUCCUGCGGGUUCACAAAUUAUCCGGGUGUAUCUGCGUUCUUGUCCAUGAGAAAAAUGUUACAGUGGUCGAUUUUAAAUUGGAUGGAAAAUUUUGGAGCAGUUCAGUUGCUGUUGUGUAAGGGGUUGGAUAUACAGCAUUGCAGAGCUGUGUGCCUGGUCUGGGUAAGUCUCGUUUGCUGGUAAAUCAUGCCUUGUGGGGGGGGUCUAUGGCCUUUGGGGGCACAAUUCUGGAGAGCAAAGGAAGUGUUGAACCAGAAGAACCUCAGUAUAACUCCUUAUUCUUCUUGCUUAUUGCCGUCAAGCCUUUAGCAGGUAGGAAACCCACCUCUGGAUAGAGUGGUGAUGCUAUUUUUGACAGAGGGGAUGCACAGCCCAUCUCCAGCAGCGACCCCCGUGGCUGGACAAGCUGUGAGUGGGGUCCUGGGGGGCUGUGAGGGGGUGUCACGGGGAUCCUGGCACCCCCGGCUCUCUCGGGUGCUGCAUUUCCACACUAAAUGCAGGAAAGACCACGGUGUCCUGGGCCCAGCACUACUGUGGAGCCUCUCACAGUGCCCCAGACUAGAUGCAUGCUUCAGUCUUUGCAGCGCUGGAAAUCAAAUUUUUAAUAAUUUUGACAUGCAUCAAAUUUUAUAUCUAUAAUACUUUGGAGUUCUCCAUUAAUGUCCCAUCUAGUGCUGUCUGUAAGUUGUACUGGCACACAGGACUUUGUAAAGCUGUAAUUCUCAUCGCCAGGCACUCCCACUCUCUCCAGUCAGGGUCUGGUGGUCCCGGAGAAAGUAAAAAAAAAAAUCUGUGGAGUCCCACUGCCACGGUCCACAGGGAUGCUGAGUCCCAGGAACAAGGAAGGGGGAAGAGUUUUUCCUAAAAGCUCGGCAGCAGAGAAGGGCAGAGAGGAAACGUGCCGGAGCGAGGCUGGUCGGCGCUGGCCUCACGUAGUGCCAGCCCGGGGAAGGGCUGUUCACCAGAGCCAGAAGAGAGGAAAAACACUGAGCUGGGACCCGUGGCCUUGACCCCGGCGAGGCAGGCUGGCAGGGCUCACAACAGCACCGGAGCCCUGACCUUGCUGAAAACAAGGGCUGGGCAAACGGACCCCGAAAGUCACAUCCCCCCCGCCUAACGCUUCACUGGCACUCAAGCUGCAGGGUCGUUCCCGGAGAGACCUUGGUCACGGUUUUCUUGAUGCUUUUAAAACACCCUGGGUGUUUCGUGGUGUCCAGGCUGUGCUUGGGGAGGUCACUGUUCCGCUGCCCUGCUCGUGCUCUCUCCACGAACCCCAUCCAGGCAGCUUCUGCCCACAGCCGCCCAGACACAGGCUGGUUCCCCAAGCAAACACGGGUUUUGGUGGGUGCUGCGGUCUCCGGCCGAGCCCUGGGCAGCCUCAGCAUCCCGCCUGGGUACAAACCACGGGACUCUGGACGGGGAUGGGGACAGGGACCAGUGCGCUGUGGGGUCCCGCUCUUGGGCUGCCCCUCGGGUGGGGUGGGAGAUGGUUUCUGAGUGGAAAAUACCGCUGGUGAAGCAUCAGGGAGGUUGGUGGGAUUCGCACCGUCCUUGGGGUCACCCUUCACCCCCACCGUGUGCCCCAGCUCCUCUGCUCCACCACCUUCCUCCUGCCACUUUGCCAAUGAGUUUCUUUGUCUUGCAGAGAGAUGCCAAGGGCCAGAACCUGUUCGACCUUCUCUGCCACCACCUGAACCUGCUGGAGAAGGACUACUUUGGCAUUCGGUUUGUGGACCCCGACAAGCAAAGGCACUGGCUGGAAUUCACCAAGUCGGUUGUGAAGCAGAUGAGGGCCCAGCCUCCCUUCACCAUGUGCUUCCGCGUGAAGUUUUAUCCCACGGACCCCGCUGCUCUGAAGGAGGAGAUCACCAGGUAUUUAGUCUUCCUGCAGAUCAAAAGGGAUCUCUACCACGGCCGUCUCCUCUGCAAGACUUCAGAUGCUGCUUUGUUGGCCGCCUAUAUCCUUCAAGCCGAAAUCGGGGACUACGACCCGGGGAAGCACCCGGAGGGCUACAGCUCCAAGUUCCAGUUCUUCCCCAAACACUCGGAGAAGCUGGAGAGGAAAAUUGCGGAGAUUCACAAGUCGGAGCUGAGUGGGCAGACACCAGCUACUUCGGAGCUGAAUUUCCUCAGGAAAGCCCAGACUCUGGAGACCUACGGGGUUGACCCACACCCUUGCAAGGACGUGUCGGGGAACGCCGCGUUUCUGGCCUUCACCCCCUUCGGAUUUGUUGUUCUGCAGGGAAACAAGAGAGUUCACUUCAUCAAAUGGAACGAGGUGACCAAGAUGAAAUUCGAAGGGAAGACUUUCUAUUUAUACGUAAGUCAGAAAGAGGAAAAGAAAAUUGUUCUUACCUAUUUUGCCCCGACGCCGGAAGCCUGCAAGCACCUCUGGAAGUGUGGGAUAGAAAACCAGGCGUUCUACAAGUUGGAGAAGUCGAGCCAGGUCCGGACGGUGUCCAGCAGCAACUUGUUCUUCAAGGGAAGCCGGUUCCGAUACAGUGGCCGCGUUGCAAAGGAGGUGAUGGAGUCCAGCGCCAAGAUCAAGAGGGAGCCCCCCGAGAUUCACCGGGCGGGGCUGGUGCCGAGCCGGAGCUGCCCCUCCAUCACCCACGGCCCCCGGCUGAGCAGCGUGCCCCGCACCCGGAGGAGAGCCGUGCACAUCUCCAUCAUGGAAGGCCUGGAGUCCCUGCGUGACAGUGCCCACUCGACCCCCGUGCGCUCGACCUCCCACGGCGACGCCUUCGCGGCCCCCGGCCGCAGCGGCCGCGCCGAGAGCAGCGAGCGGGUGGCCGUCAUCGCCGACGAGAACUACAGCCCGGCGGACAGCGUGCUGCCCACGCCGGUGGCCGAGCACAGCCUGGAGCUGAUGCUGCUCUCGCGGCAGGCGAACGGGGCCCCGUGCAGCAUCGAGGAGGAGAAGGAGUCGGAGGCCGGCACGCCGGCGGCGGCCGAGGCGGAGGAGGCGGGCGGCGAGCUGCGGGCGCUGUGCCCCGGCGGCCUGGGGGCUGCCCGGGCGGAACAGGAAGAAUUCCCCGACGGCCGUGAACCACGCGCAGGAGCACAGCACUGCCUGGAUGCUCUGCAGCCCUCCUCUGUGCAGAACAAAGCAAAAGUGGCCAGGCUGGAGAGAGCCCAGAAAAGGGCCACAGAGACAACCAAGGGCCUGGGCAGGCAUGUGAGGAAAGGCUGAGAGGACGGGGUUUGUUCAACCUGGAGAAGAGCAGGCUGAGGAGGGGAGACCUCGUCACCAUGUGACAAGGUAUUUAAAGGGCGGCUGCAAAGGAGAUGGAGACACCCCCUUUACAAGGAGGCACACGGAGAAGUGGAGGGGUGACGGGCACAAGUGACUCCUGGGGAGAUUCUGACUGGACACGAGAGGAAAACGUUUCCCCAUGAGAACACUCAGCCGCUGGGAUCACCUCCCCCGGGAAGCGAAGCGGCGGAUUCCCCAGCACUGGGCACUUUGAAGAUCCAGCUGGACGGGGGGGCUGGGCCAGCUUGUCCAGACCGGGCUUUGCCAAGAAACCUCGAGGUCCCUUCCAACCCGGGAUUCUGCCAUUCUAUGAAUAUUUUCUAAAUGCUAAGCACCAGAGACAGAAAGACACGUAAAGCAGAACCUGUAACCGCAGAGGCCUCCGUUCACAGUGUCUUCUGAAUUACAUUUUGAAAACAGGCAUUUAGUUCAUUUGGACUCCAGAAAAGUUUAGGCAUGUCCCGGUGAGAUUACUAAAACCGCUGCUCCACUACUGCUCUAGUCAAAGCAUCAGGAACCCUGGCAUGAAAAGAUUUACCUGCUUCUUGGGUUUGGCAGCCCCAAUGCUGGCCAGUGCUAAAGGUAACCAAGACGGCUAUAGCUCUCCUUUUGCUAGUCUUUGCUACUCUGCAGUCAGUGCUGUCACUAGUCAAACUGCCUAGUCUUUACUGACCUCUCUGCUGAGGGUAACUAGAAGAAAAGGAGUUAUUUUUACUCAAGUUUCAGUCUUGGAGGUAAGGAGUCUUACUGCCUAUUAGACAGGCCCAACCACGUCUUGCAGCCUGGUGUAACGAGCAAGCAAGCGUGCAGCCGUUCAAGGAGGUAAUCCACUCAGUGCUGCCAGAAAAGGGAUAUAUCGUGAAUUUAAAAAAAAACCAAAACAAAACAAAAAACGUAGGAGAAUGAAGCAGCACAGAAAGAAGGGCAAAGAUUUGGAUCUACUCAUGCAGUAACAUUUGAAAUCCCGCUGCCUCAACCUUCUAGCCAGCUCCUCCAGCACGAGCAGAAUCAGAACAUGCCUGAGUGCACCCAGCCCAGGCCGGACACGGGGAAGGACUCCGGCCGCGCGGGCUCUGCCCCAGAGCCCCUCGGCCCCGGGCGCUGAGCUGAACCCCCCCGCAGCCCCCCCCCCCCGAGCUCAGCUCCUCAGGCCUUACACCAGCGAGCAGGACCCGCGCGUGCCGCGCUCACAAGCACCUUCACGCCCCCUCAUCUGGAGCUGCGGGGGCCGAGGUCCCCUCUCCGAAACGCUAACCAGCGGCACAAAACCCCGGGGGGGUGUUUUUACCCAGUCGGGGCAGUCCUGAUGUCCCAGGAAGCUUUCAUGCCUUUCCUCACACACCUGCC